CUCACUCCAACCAGCGCCACACGAUGGCUCCAACCCCCCAGCCCACCAUAUCCCACCCUCCCGCCACAGCUUCUCUCCGCUGACUCACCACCACUUGCCGCCCACCGGACCGGAGCAAGGGACCGACCAUGGCCGCCGAGGUGGUGGCGCUCUCGCCGGCCUCCCGCCUGCCGUCCCUCUCCUCCAGGCCUAACGCUCUAACCGCCUCCUCCUCCCGGUCCCGACCACCUCGAGGCGCCCGUGCCCCCCGGUCACCGCCGACGCUCGCCAUCUCGACGCCGCACCGGCGCCGAGCGCUCCUCCUCCUCCGGCCCCGCGCCACCGAGCAGCAAGGGCAGGUGCAGCAGCAGGAGGAGGAGGUGGUGGACGGCAACGUGCUCCCCUACUGCAGCAUCGACGGCAAGAAGAAGAAGACCAUCGGGGAGAUGGAGCAGGAGUUCCUACGAGCCCUGCAGUCCUUCUACUACGACCAGAAGGCCAUCAUGUCCAACGAGGAGUUCGACAACCUCAAGGAGGAGCUCAUGUGGGAAGGCAGCAGCGUCGUCAUGCUAAGCGCCGAUGAGCAAAGGCUGCUGGAAGCCUCCAUGGCCUACAUCGCCGGCAACCCCAUCAUGUCCGACGCCGAAUUCGACGAGCUCAAGCUCAGACUCAAGCAAGAUGGAAGCGACAUCGUGACGGAAGGCCCCAGGUGCAGUCUACGGAGUCGGAAGGUUUACAGUGAUCUGACCGUUGACUACUUGAAGAUGUUCCUGCUCAAUGUUCCAGCGACUAUUGUUGCUCUAGGACUGUUCUUUUUCAUCGAUGAGCUGACUGGCUUUGAGGUCAAUGUAUUCCAGUUUCCGGAGCCCUUCGGAUUCAUAUUCACAUAUUUUGCCGCUUUGCCUCUGAUAUUGGUUACGGCCCAAGUGGUAACCAAGGCCAUAAUAAAUGAUGUCUUAAUCCUGAAGGGGCCGUGUCCAAAUUGCGGCACUGAAAAUCUUUCCUUCUACGGGACGAUACUGUCGAUCGAGAGCGGUGGAGCAACGAACAAUGUGAAAUGCGCAAAUUGCAAAACGGUGAUGGUAUACGACUCAAAAACUCGGCUGAUCACACUUCCAGAUUCAUGAACAGGAUAAUUGAAGGUAGGAGCACCGAGAUGCAGAGUUGGCCAUUCAUGUUUGGUAAUCAAGUGAGCAAAUGGAAUUACCAAGUCUGCAAGGAACUGCUUGUUGCUUCUAUGUUGUAGUAUGAUUUUCUGUAGAUAUGUAUUUGCAAUUGUACCUGAUUCACACGGAUUAAAUUGCGGAAUGUAUAGAAAAUCUAGAUGGUUGUGAGCCUAUGACAUUAAACCAAAGCUUAUAUGUAGUCUUGGCCAAUUGUCAUGCGCCACGAAUAAAAGGGGGAAAAGAGAGAGAUGUGCUUGCAAGGGCCAUUACAUUGGCAAUUGGACCAUGGGACCAUGGCUUGUUUUGGUUUUUGUCUAACGAGCUUGCGUCAAA